CGGAUCACAAGAUCUUCCAAACGAAGAUCUCACAGUUCUUGUGCUUGCUAAAUGACCCGCUCCCUUCUUGAUGAUAUCACCGCACCGUUCUUCACGUUCCUGAGUCAUGUCUUCUGAGCUUCCUAAUCUAGUAAGGCAAGAUCUGAUGAGAACAUGGGGAUUGGCGCUGUUUCUUCACACAGGUGGCUACUCUCAAUUCAAAAACUCCUGUUUUCAACAUGACAUUUAGCUUCAGGUAGAGAGGUAACAUUCCUUUGAUACAGGAACACAUUAAGCUGAAUGUCUUUUUCUCAGGGCUCGUGCCUUUGGAGGUUUCGAGCACACAAUCUUGGUCGCAACAAUAAAUCUACGAAGCCUCCUUGUAAUAUCACUGGAUUACUUUCCUCUCGUCUAUUGCCCCCGUCUUGUUGCUCUCAGGCUUUUACAUUUUCUUCCCUAGUAUCAUCCUUGACAUGUUCUCGAAUAAAACCAGACGACAAGAAUUGUAGUAUUUCAAAAAUGGUAGAGCAGCCAAAAAAGGGAGAGGAGGUCGCCGCCUCCUUAGAGGUGGUGCUUGCAAGAAUCCGCCAAGAAGCUGCCAUGGGGUCACAGGCGACCUUAGUUGCACUUGCUGCCGCCGCCGGGGGUGAAAGUUCUUCCAUCAAGAAUCUCCUCGAAGGCGCGAAUAUAAAAGCAAACUGUAUGUUGGAUGCAGAGCCGGAGAAAAUGAGUUGUGACGCUUCUAGUUGUACUUCCCAGUCGUGCGAGCCUCCGGUGGAAAUCAAGCAAGUGCCUGCGGAUGUCCUUCUGGCAUACUUAGAGCGGAAAAGUCUCAAAGGAUUGCUCAACGAUGACGCAAGGCUUGUUUCCGCGAUUUCUGAGGAUGGCCUUUCACCCAAAUCCAUGCCCUCUACGCGGUCUCCUACGGCUUCACCGGGUAGUGCUGCAGGUAGCGACAAGGAUAUUGCUGGACGUCAAAUGGCUACUGGUAUUGUUGGUAAAAUAAAUGGUAGCUCGAAAAAUGCGACGAUGUUGAGCAAGAAUAUUGAAAGCGAGAGGAAGAUUCGGUAUGUCUUCUCUGCGGAUGAGCUGGAUGGUACGUUUUCCGAGGAGGGUUGGACCGCGCUGCUAUGGCUGGCUCACCUGGGCUCAUUAGAGGAGAAGGAUAGUCUCAAUGAUUGCGGCAAAGUUGGUUGUUGCGAGGACGAAGAGGCACCCACGCCAAAAGACUUCUUGCUUGAGGUCCACCAAUUUACCGAGCGGUUGUUACGAGAUUUUGGCGCAAAUCCUAAUGUUGGCGGAAAAUAUGACGGCGUCACUCCUUUGACAUUCGCGAUUGAGGGUGCGAACGAAAACUUGGUGGAUUUAUUACUGCAGUAUGGUGCAGAUCCCUUGCUUCCCGAUUUGGACGGCGAUACACCUGCUGACCUCGCUGUUGAAAAGCUUUCCUCUUGUUCAUCUACUAGUGCAAAACCAGUAAGCGAAUCAAGAAAAGCUACAGCACCAGCCGAUAGCGAACCUGAAGAUUUUUCGACAAAGGGAAACUUUCUAAAAGAUAGCGCUGGAUCAAGUAUUGGGGGAGCUCUUGAAUUUGAGGAUGUAGAUGACGCAAUCCUUUGUCCGGAGAUAGAUAGGGCAUCAGGGCUGCCGCUUCAAAGGGACGGGCUCUCAGACUCUGAAGAUCAAAAGAAGUCUGUCUUGGAUUACUCAUUCCUCGCGAAAUACUCCUGGGUUCUGAACAAACAUUCAUAACUUCUAAGAUGAAACUUGAAUCGCAAAAACUUGUGAUAUGAAUUUCCACCCUAGCGGGCCCACUCUCGUUUGCCAGUAUAUGAGAAUUACUCAAAUGAUUACUCAUCA